AUGUUCAAUAUAAGUAACACACACGAUAAAGAUUUAUAUGUGUCAAAGCCAACUGAAGAAAGAGUUAGAGGAGAACUCGAUAGAAGUGUUGAUAAUAUAGAAAGUCAACCAGCGUCUAACAAGGCUUAUAUAACAGACAGAGCUUAUAAGGAAGAGAGCCAAAUGUCAUUAAGACAAAUACAAAAGUCAAAGUUAGAGCUACAGAAGCUAAUCAUGAUAGAGGAAGAUAAACAAAAGCAGUUACAAGAACAAGAGAAGAGACGCAUUACUGAGUUAGAAAAACAAACGAAAAUGUUAGAUGGACUAAUACAAAAGGAAAAGGAAAUGACAGAAAGAGAACGUAGGUUAAAGAAAGACAAAUUAAUAUUACAACAGAGAUAUGAAGAGUUAGAACUCCUACGAAAUAGACAAAUUAAAUCAGGAAAGGACAAGUGCACGAAGCUGGAAGAAAUAGAAAAGGAAAUGAUAAGUAAAGACGAAGAAUUAAAGAAACGGGAAUUGGACCUAAGAAGAAGAGAGGUACUAUUGACAGAGUUUCACCAAAAGCUUCUUCCAGAAUACAAGAAAGAGACUGUGAUUCAACACAAACCAGACAUCAGCUCAUUUUCUGGGGAAGAUCCUAAACCAAAGAAUGAGGUUACACUGGAUGAAUGGAAAACAGAAAUAAAAAGUCUCAUAGCAACAAAUAUCUACCCCGAUAACUUAAUAGCACAAGCAGUAAGGAAAUCUUUAAAGGGACAAGCCAGAAAAGUUUUGAUAAACAUUAACCCGACAGCGACAAGUGAAGAGAUUAUUGAAAAGAUUGAAGAUAUUUUCGGGGACACAUCAAGCAAACAGACGAUAUUUACAGAAUAUUAUACUGCUUCACAAAGAGAGAAAGAGUCGGUUGCAGACUGGGGUUUAAGACUUGAAGAAAUCUUAUUGAAAGUUUCAACCAAAAAGCAACUAGCUUCAGAAGAAAGAAAUGAAAUGUUAAAGGACAAGUUUUGGAGGUCUCUCUACAACAAAGAAAUUAAAAAUGCCCUGAGAAUCUCUUUUGAAAGUACAGAUACUUUUGAGGUUCUAAGAAAGAAAGCUAGAGCUGAAGAACAUGAAAUACAAAUGAAUAGAGAAGUCACAGAAAGUAAAGUUUUCCAGCAACAGAAGACGACAAAAGACACUGAUAAACAUACAGAUAUGUUGCAAACCAUGAUGAAGAAAAUGGAAGAUCUAGAAAGAAAGGUUGAGGAAUACAGAAAAGAAAAGUAUCAAACAGAAACACAAACAGACUUCAGACACUUUAACAAACCAAAUAAAUAUGAAAAUAAAGGAAAUGGACAAUACAGAGGAUACGGACGAUAUAGAGGGUAUGGAAAAUACAGAGGAAUACUUCAAUAUGAAACUAGAGGGUUCUUUGACAAGAAAUCUCACAGACAAGUCGAGGAUAAAACAUGA